UUAUUUUAAUACACUAUGUUUUUAGCUCGCGAGAAAUUUUCCCAUUGCAUGACGAAGUUGAGUGGCGAAUAUAUGAAUGAGAAAAUCUGCAAAUACAUUAUGUCUGCAUCCACUGAAACGGAUAACAACGAUAAUCCCUUGGAAUGGUGCCAGAAUCAUGAUUUUCAAGUAUCUAAGCGACCACAACGCGGUCCGCCGCUACUACAGGAAAUAGUGAAGACCAUAGAGAACACGCCAUGCCUUAAACCACAACCGGAAACACUGAAGCGUGCUUCACUCAUUCGAAGCUCGAAUACGUCACUUGCAUCAUUGUUGUCGCGUCGCAAAGAUCCCUGCCCGAUACGCAUACAUGAGCCCGCGCUGGGUAUACUCACCACACUGGCCAAUCUGAAACACAUCGCCAAGGGCCAGUAUGCUGAUGUGCACAGCAAUCUUAGUGGUAUGCACGCGAAUUUGGACAACAGGUCACGUCAGUACUUGCAGCAUACACGCGGCUUUGAAGAAUGUCUUCACUACGUGUUAACUUACGGAUCGCACACCGAUGUGAUGCAAUUCCUAAUGCGACACCAUGAACUCAACGCUGCACUAAAAUACUAUCUGCAACAAAAUCUUGAAUCAGAAUUGUUCAUUCAAAACAUUUUUCUCGUAUCGCUUCGUUACGGUGAGGUAUCCGCAUUGAUGGAGCAUAUGCAAAAGUUGGACGCAAGUUUAUCGUUUUGGCGUGCUACAUUGUUGCAGACAUGUCACUAUCUGGAAACGCAGAAUCUUCUCAACUCACUUUACCAGCUGCAGUUGUUGUUGCAAGAUCCGGUACGUGCCGCCAUGACUUGUGUGAGAUUCUAUUCCGCGAACUGUGACAACUUCCAGCAGCUGCAGGCGAAUGCAAUGCAUUUGCAUAAUGCGCAACAACAUUUACAAUCUCAGCUGGAGUUAACCGAGUGGGAUAAAGUGAGUCUGGAGCCCUUGCAGCGCAAAAGAAACAGUUCCAUCGGCAGUCGACGCUCAAGUGUGGCGUCUAGGGCGAACACGCCGUCUAUGCAUUCAAACUUUUUAAUGGAAAUGGAUGCGCGUGCACUGAACAGUCACAUUAAUACGAUAUCAAUGCAAUUAGAAGUGACAAAAUUUCUGGCACAUUGUGAGAUAGAGAUGAGCGUAGCAGACGAACCCAUUACUUUGAAAACAUUGAAACAGAUUCGCGUUGAUAGCACAGGCAAGUUCAAGCUGCCAACACUAUUUGAUGCACUUCCAGAUCGAAUACAAAUUUGCAUUCUAAUUUUAUUAUGUGGCAAAAAUAUCGACGAGGGAUUUGGUUUGACGUAUAGGAUUAUUCAUUAUUACAAAUUGCCCGACGUAAAAGUUUUUGCAGCAGCUGCCAAAUUUCUUGCCUGCAAUCAGCGCAUUGGCGAAGUGGAGAAGCUCAUAAGCUGCAUAACUAGCAACAAUGGCAUCAAAACUCGCGACAUUGAUGAAAUUCUCUCGGCUGCCAUCAAUUCGGCAUCCAAUAGCAACGAGGCAGAAGUAAAAACUGCACUUGAUAAUCUCGCUAAAAAAAUUCACAGUGUGGAAUUGCGCAUAUCUUGUCACAUAUUCAUUGGACAGUUGAAAUCCGCUUAUCUUUUAGCGAAUAAGUAUGAACGUAUUGGAGAUAUACGGCGCAUACUUCGGCAAGCCGAACUAACGAAUCAGGUGCACAUAAAGAAAUUAUGUGAAAGAAAGUUAAGUUUCAACGCCUCACCGCGCGAGUGAUUUUAACCUUGACUGACUAGUAGAAGAAGUAUAUGCCCGCUUAUGCGUAUUUCUGUAUUUUUAAAAGGAAUUACUUGUUAGAUAUUUACAUACAUUAUGUGAUUUUAUGCCCAUCUCAUUGUAAGUUUUACCCAAUUUAUACCUACAUACAUACAUAUAAUAUAUUAUCCAAAAUAAAGUUGAAGAAAUUUUAUAUGACC